AUGCCAAAGCAUGAAGAACUAAAGAUCACAAUCAGUCGGACAUUGGAAGCGGAGCCUGUUUCCUUAGCAGACGUGCCCGUGUGCUGCCGCGCCGAGCCACGAACUGGGCCUCCUCACCAGCAGCGAGCAGGCGCGGUCCAGUUCAUGGAAGGGUCCGGCUGCGAAGGCGCUCAGGCUCGGGUGCUUCGCAACCCAAUGGCAGUGGAGGAACAGCCGGGAUCCCCUCUUCUUCGUGCUGGGCUGGGAAGAUCCGCCCUGCGAGAACCUCAAUGGCUGCUGCUGGCCUUCGAGGAGGUCGCAAUUUACUUCUCCAAGAGCGAGUGGGAUCUCCUGGGUCCAGGCCAGAGAGCUCUGUACGUGGACGUCAUGCUGGAAAACUAUGGGAACAUGGUCUCACUGGUUCCCAAACCAGACCUCAUUUCCUGGCUGGAUGAAGGAGAAGAUCCAUUUGUCCAGGGCUCUGAGGAAGGGAAUAAUUUGGCAGACAAUUGGCAGAGCAGUGAAAAUUCUCAGGAGCCAUUUCUCAUCUCUCUGGAAGCUUCCACGCAUGAACAGGGAAGAGAGUUAUUUGGGAAUCAAAGGGGAAGAGAACAUAAAAAGAGGAACAAGGCAAUAGAAGAUAAGAAGAACUCCUUAGCUGCUCAGGUUUCUGACAUCCAUGGAUUCCUGCGCUCUGAAGAAGGCGAGGAAAAAAAGACAAGAAAAACUUUUAUAGGGUGUGGGGACAUAUUUGAAAAUAAUGGAAAAUUAAAUAUACUGUACCGAACCCACAGAAGAAAGAAACGCGUGGAAUGGAGUGACAGUUUAAGUGUUUCCUCAAGUCUUACACUCCAUCGUGGAACCCAUAAAGGUCUACAAUCAUAUAAAUACAUUGAGAGUGAAAAGAGCUUUAAAGACCAGUCACAACUUAAUUUACAUCAAACAACUCAUACAGGAGAGAAACCAUACAAAUGCAUGGAGUGUGGAAAGCACUUCAAGAGACACACACAGCUUUAUGUACAUCAGAGAAUCCACAUGGGGGAGAAGUCAUAUAAAUGCAUGCACUGUGGCAGAAGCUUCAGUGGUCGUGUUAGCCUUAAAAUACAUCUGAGAAGUCACACAGGAGAGAAAUCAUAUCAAUGCAUGGAGUUUGGAAAGAGCUUCAAGCAGAGUGCAAACCUUACUAUACAUGAAAAAAUUCACACAGGGGAGAAACAAUACAAAUGCAUGGAGUGUGGGAAGAACUUUGGAAAGAGCUCGAAUCUAACUAGACAUCAACGAACUCACACAGGGGAGAAACCAUAUAAAUGCAUGGAAUGUGGAAGGAGCUUUGGUGAGAAAGGAGCACUCACUAAACAUGCAAUGGUCCAUACAAAGGAGAAACCAUAUAAAUGCAUGGAGUGUGGAAAGAACUUCAGAAAGGGCGCAAAUCUGACUAGACAUCAAAGAACUCACACACGGAAGAAACCAUAUAAGUGUAUGGAAUGUGGAAGGAGUUUUGGUGAGAAUGGAGUACUCACUAAACAUGCAGUAGUACAUACAAAGGAAAAACCAUAUAAAUGCAUGGAGUGUGGGAAGAACUUUAAACGUAGCUCAAACCUUGCAGCACAUCAAACAGUUCACACAGGGGAGAAACCAUACAAAUGCACAGAAUGUGGAAAGAACUUCAGGAAGAACUCAAAUCUGACUAGACAUCAAAGAACCCACACAGGGGAGAAACCUUAUAAAUGCAUGGAAUGUGGAAGGCGCUUUGGUGAAAAUGGAGCACUCAUUAAACAUGCAACAGUCCAUACAAAGGAGAAACCAUAUAAAUGCAUGAAGUGUGGAAAGAACUUCAAACACAGCUCCAACCUUGCCGCACAUCAAACAGUUCACACAGGGGAGAAACCAUAUAAAUGCACGGAGUGUGGAAGGAAUUUCAGUAAGAGCUCAAAUCUGACUAGACAUCAAACAAUUCACACAGGGGAGAAACCAUUUCAGUGCAUGGAAUGUUGGAAGAGUUUCGGUGAUAACGGAGCGCUCACUAAACAUAAAAAAACACAUACAGGGGACAAGCCAUAUAAAUGCAUGGAAUGUGGCAAGAGUUUCAGGUAUAGUGGACACCUUAGCAAACAUCACAUAACUCACAUGUGGGAGCCCAUAUACAUGCAUGGCAUGUAGAAAGAGUAUCGGUGGAAGCUCAAGGCUUAGCUUGCAACAGAGGUACCACACACGAGCCAUACAGAUGUGAGGAGUGCAGAAAGGACUCCAAAGAGUUCUUACAUCCGUGAUCUCAUCCAGAGGAAAUUCUAUAAAUGCAAGAAGUGUGGAAAGAUCUUCAGUUUGAAAUAAUACCUGUGGGUGUAUCAAAGAACUAUACCUGGCACUGCCGUUGGGAAAGGGAGUUCAAAUGGGGGUGGGGGCAUUGGUGGGCUGAAAGAGGAAGUGAGUGGAGAAGCCAGGCUAUGAGCUGUCCUGAGACCGUUCACACCUCCUCCCCUCCCGCUCCAAAGUCCCCAGCUGAACAGGCAAAAACAUUCCUCUAGCAGAAAUGCAAAUUGGCAAGGACUGCAAGGCGUGCAGCAGCUCACUGUUGUGACACGACUUGGGUGGCUUCUGCUUUUUUAAAAUAUGGAUUGGUUGAUAGAUUUAUAUCCUGCCUUUUCCCUACAAAGGGCUCAAGGCAGCUUACAUCUCCU